UGAGCCUUGAGUUUAGGAUGUCAACAACAGAAACAGAUACUGCAGCUGCUGCACCUGCACCUGAGAAUGAAGGAGUAAAUCUCUUGAAAAGGAAUUCAGAUGAUGUGGGAUGGGAAUACGGGGUCCUUGUUGAUCCUAAGAACAAGGACAAGGUGAAGUGCAAAUUCUGUAACAAGGUGAUGCAAGGGGGAAUUUAUCGUUUGAAGCAGCAUGUGGCCCAUGAUGGAAAGAAUGCGACGAAAUGCCCAAAGAGCACAGAUGAAGCUAAAGAAAAUUCAGAGCCUCACAAAUUGGGGCCCAUGGACAAAUGGACAAAGGCUAUUGAUCCUAAAGCAACCAGAAGAAUUUCAUUCAAUGCAUGUGACAAUGAUGAGUUCAAGCAGAUGUGUGAAGCCAUUGGCCAGUUUGGACCUGGACUUGAACCUCCAUGUCAGGAUUCUCUGCGAGAGAAAUUGCUGGAAGAAGAAUAUGCAAGAACCAAGAGCUUGUUGCAAGAACAUGAUGCCGAGAAGAUGAAGAAUGGGUGCUCUAUUAUGACUGAUGCAUGGACAGACAGGAAGAGGAGAAGCAUAAUGAACCUGUGCACCAAUUGUGCUGAUGGAACAAGCUUUAUCAGCUCAAUGGAGAUGUCAGAUGUGUCACGCACAAGUGAAGUCAUCUUUGAACUAGUGGACAAAGCAAUUGAAGACAUUGGUCCAGAAAAUGUUGUACAAGUAGUGACAGAUAAUGCCUCUAACAACAUGGGAGCAAAGAAGGUAUUGCUUGAGAAGAGACCACAAAUAUUUUGGACCUCUUGUGCAACUCACACAAUAAACCUGAUGCUGCAAGGAAUUGGCAAUUUGGCUCGGUUCAAGAAGGUGAUUGAGCAAGCAAAGGCAUUCACUAUAUUUGUCUAUGGGCACACAAGAACAUUAGAAUGCAUGAGAUAUUUCACAGAGGGGAAAGAGAUAGUAAGGCCAGGAGUGACUAGGUUUGCUUCAACUUUUCUCACAUUGAAUAGCAUACUAGAGAAGAAGGACCAGCUAAGAAAGAUGGUGGUUCAUAAUAGGUGGGACUCACUGAGGGAUGUAAAAUCAAAGAAAGGAAAAGAUGCCACAGCUAUUGUAUUGAAUCCAACCUUCUGGAAGGAUGUGAAGCUAACAGUGAGUGUUUUUGAGCCACUGUUCAAAGUUCUCCGCUUGGUUGAUGGGGAUGUGAAACCAUCCAUGGGUUUCGUUUAUGGAGAAAUACUAAAGGCAAAGAAAGAGAUCAAGGAGGCCUUGGGCAAUAAUGAGUCUCGGUUCAAGGAGGUAAUUGUUGUUAUUGACAAGAAGAUGAAGGGAAGACUUGAUUCAGCAUCAUGGUGGCGGCUGUAUGGAACUGAAGUACCAACCUUACAGAAGAUGGCAACAAGGAUCCUUUCUUUGACAUCAAGUGCCUCUGGUUGUGAAAGAAAUUGGAGCGGGUUUGAAGCGAUACACACUAAGAAGAGAAAUAGGCUUACUACAACACGUCUCAACAAGUUAGUCUACAUUCAUUUCAACUCCAAGCUGCUUAAUAAGAGAGAGAAAAUCAAGUCAAAGAAGAUCAGUGAUGUUCUCUUGUCUAAUGAUACAACUGAAGCUCAAGGAUUUUUGCAUGAGAAUGGAGAUGAUUCUGCAUUAGUGGUCUAUAGAGAUGAGGAGGAGGAAGAAGAGAUGGAAGGUACUAGGAUACCUUGGUCUGUUCUUGGAGAUGCAGUGGGAGCAGAAGAACAACUUCAGCUGCGUAGGAGUGCUAGAGUGAGAGAGCUCUAUGAAUGAGAAGAGUUUGAAUCUGAUAAAGAAGAGUUUGAUGAAGAUGAGGAUGACUACUUGGAACCCUAUUGAAGAAGGAAGAUGAUAUGGUCCUGGGGCCUUUUCGCAUGUCAUGGUUUAUCUUUUGUGAUGCAUUCAUGCAUAUAUGUGCCAAUGUGUGUCUUAAACUUGUGAACUGUUG